CUGAGGCAAAGUGGCGCUCACUCACUGAGCCGCCCCUCAGUUAGUUACCGACUGACAGUGAAGGCACUCCUCUAGGCACAUCCCAGACCAGCUCUUCACUAUGGCUGCAGCGCAGACGAAGAAAUGGGGGGCCAGGGAGUACUGGGGUCUGGGAGCUGAGUACGACCCUGACUGGCUCCUGACGGAGAGACAAAAGAAGAUUCAAGCUCAGCUCAUCGAACUGUGCAGGGUUAAGAUCAGGCCUAAUGCAGUUCAGUGUGACAGGGACUACAGUUACCCAAGGGCAUCACUAGACAGCCUGGCAGAGCUAGGCCUCUUGGGCCUCAUCGUGCCCCAAGAGCUGGGAGGCCUGGGCGAGAACAAUGUAUGUUGUGCCAUGGUAUGUGAGACCAUUGCUCGCUAUGGCUGUCCUUCCACCGCCAUGGUUUAUACCAUGCAUAUAGCAGCAGUUGCCUCAAUGCUGAUGCGUUACCAUGACAAUCCUCACGCUCGAGAUGUUCUCUCUCGUCUCGACAAGGAUAAGAUGGUCGGCACUGUCUCCUACUCUGACCCAGCUACAGGUGGACACUUCUGGUAUCCUUUAUCUUCGAAGGCAAAGUGCCUUGAUGAGGAAACAGUCCAGCUUCUUAAAUUAGGAUCUUGGGCCACGAGUGCUGGUCAUGCUGACUGGUACUUCAUCCAGACAGUCAGUCCCAACUACGAUGGUGACUACUCCGACCUCUCCUCCUUUCUUGUGUUUAAGGAUGAAGUGCGAGCCAACACGGACGACUGGAAGGCACUGGGGAUGCACGGCAACAUGUCUGGUCCGCUGGUGAUCGAGGGCAAGUUUAACUUGGAUAGGAUGAUCGGCCCACCUGGUGAAGGUCGUUUUAGCAUUGAUGAGGUUGCUGAUCCAUAUUUCCUGUUCUGCUCAGCCGCUGUUUGGAAUGGUAUCUCCUUAGCAUGUUUGGAUGUAGCCAAGAAACAUGUCACCAGGAAGGCUCAUGCUGAUGUGGGGAUGCGAGUGUGUGACUACCCUACUAUACAGGACUAUUUUGGUGAUUGUACCAGUGACACCAACUGCUCCCGGGCGCUGACCUUCCUAGUGACGCAAGCCGUGGAUACUGCCACCCACAACAACGACUGGUCACUCCACACCGACCUGGAAUUUUCUCCAAGGACAGGAUAUCGACUGUGGCUCUGGCAGGUGAAGUUUGUUGCUGCCAAGAAUGUGGCAAAUGUCACUGACAAGAUGCUGUUUGCCUGCGGUGGAACCGGAUAUAAGGAUGAGCUGGGCUUGGAGCGUCUUCUGAGGGACGGCAAAGCUGGCUGGGUCAUGGGACCUUCCAACGAGGUGCUCAGACAGUAUAUUGGCAAGGGUGUACUCUUGGGGCCAGAGUCCUUUGAUUUUUGGGAGCAGCAUCCCAACGAGCGGGUCAUUCACCAUGAACUGAAGAAGAUGAGUCUGGAAGAGAAGAGAAAGUUGGCCAAGAGUCUCCUGGAAGAUGUGGAAGCCGAGGUGAAGGGGACGAAGGACAAACAUGCCUUCCAGGAAACUGACUUUGAGAACCCAUUCAAUACGUGUCCUCCUGCAGUUAAUGACACGAUCCUGGAGACAAGUGACGGAGUGAGUCACGAGCCAGCACUCAAGCCUGACAGGUGGACAUUACUCACCCUUAAGUCCCGUACUGGUGUUAGUGAGAAGAUGGCAGCCUUCGAUUUCUCCCUGCCUAACACUACUGACCACACGGGAUGUUUUACAGGACAGUAUAUUGCAGUUAAGGUCAACAUCAAUGGAAAAGAACAUCUUCGCUACUUCUCUCCUGUGUCUUGUCCCAAUGACUUCGGGCACAUUGAGCUUGUGCUGAGGUUCGAGACGCAGGGGCUGGUAUCCCGCCAUUUCCAAGCCCUUAAGCCAGGAGACCAAGUGGAAUUCCAAGGGCCAUGUGGGGGGUUUGAAUACCAGUCAAGUGAGUUGGACGAGUUGACAGUGUUGGCGUCUGGAGGCGGCGUCACCCCGGCCAUGCAACUCAUCCGCUGCAUCAUGAGGGACUCCACUGAUAAAACCAACAUUACACUUAUAUAUUUCUCUGAAAACUAUAAUGAGAUUCUCUAUCGUGAAGAACUGGAUCAGUAUGCAGCCAGAGAUGAGAGAGUGAAGCUGGUGUAUACAUUGGGUGAAGCCCCUGAGGACUGGGAGGGGGAGGAAGGCGUCAUAGACACGCACAUGAUUGAUAAGCAUAUCACCAAGCCUAAUGGUAUACGGCAUAAGAUUGUGAUGUGUGGGGGUCCAAACAUGAGCAUCUCCUGCCUCCACUCCCUGCGGACGCUGGGCUUCCCGGCUGAGUACAUCUUCAUUUAUGGCCAGUUUGGAACAGAGCAAGUGAAGGCAGUGUAUGGGAGAAAUGUUAAGCUCUCUAAUCAUCGAUGUGAUAAUUCUGUCUAAUAUAUGUCGCAUGGCUUGGUAUGAAGUAGCUAAAAGCAGUGUAUGGCAUAAAAGAAAAGAUCUUCUCCCCAUCUCUGUGUUAAUGCUUCAUCAGCGUAAUACGGAAGCAGUCCACUGCGAAAAUGAGUGAUGUCAACCUGGCUUAGGAUUUACAAGAAUUAGCAAGAAAUGUAAUAUCCUGAAUAUGAUCAAUUGCACGAGCCACGCAUUCUGUAUAAAUAUUUUUAAUGUAUAACUUAAAAUAUGACAAUAAACAGAUGUCUAAAAAUUGGUAGGGACUGGGGUAUAAUUUGGUGGAAUUGGUAGAAGAUAAAUAGAAAUUAAGGUGAUAAUAUUAAUGAAGAUAAUAAUAAUUAUCUGUUUAAAUUAUAAAUACGAAAGGGCUUGGCUUCCAUAUUCUUCCAAGUGCUUCCACCUCUGGCUGGUAGACGGGAACCCUAAGUCUCGGAGGAAAGCACACAUAACGCAUUAGAGGGAAUGUUCAGGUCCCCUCCAAUACAGUUUCUGUGUGCUUUUCUCCUACCAUGAGUCAGAUGAGUUUUGCUGGGUUCCCAGAUUGAUUGAUUGAUGAAGAUUGAGC